UAGUGAGCCAGGCAGCAGCAGGUUGCUGGUUCUUUUCCUGAGGGCGGGGUCUCUCAGUCCUGUUGUCCCUCCGCAGAUCGAGCAGUUUUCCUCCCCGGACUCUGGAAGUGUCUCCGGGCUGUUUGGAGCGGCUGUCCGGUGAGAGGAGUGACUCCUGAUGAAGAAGGCUCCUCCUCUUCCUCUCUGCUGCAAGACUCCUCAUCAGGUAAACAGGAGCUGCCAUGUUCUCCACCCCCCCGCCUCUUCUCUUCCUCCUCCUCCUCCACGCUGUUGUCAUGGUGACCUGUGAAUCCCCCCCUCAGUGGGCAGAGCCUCACGACUCCCCCCUCUCCCACCUGGUGGUGGAGGGGGGGACGGGCCGGCUGUACGUGGGGGGGGUGGAUCACCUUUACCAGUUGACCUCAGACCUGCAGCUGGUGGCUCAUGUGAGGACCGGCCCCCACCUCGACUCGCCCGACUGCCUCCCCCCCAUCUUCCCCCGGGACUGCCCCUCGGCCACGCCCACCCACAACCACAACAAGCUGCUGCUGCUGGAGGCGGGGCCGGGACCAGAGGGACCAGGACCAAGGACCCUGAUCGUCUGCGGCUCGCUGUACCAGGGUAUCUGUGACAAGAGGAGUCUGUCCAACAUCUCGCUGCUCGUCUACCAGACGUUGAACCCGGUAGACACGCAGUACGUCGCCGCCAACGACCCCCGCGUCUCCACCGUCGGCGUGGUGAUCACCACCAGACAGGAAGAGGGCGGGGCCCUCCGGCUGAUGCUGGUUGGUCGGGGCUACACCAGCAAAGGGCCCGGGGACAUCCCACCAAUCACGACACGGCGCCUGUCCCCGGUGGUGCCCCCCCGUCGGGCCUUCUCUCAGGAGGAGGAUCUGGGGAAGCUGGUGGUAGGAAGUUACUCCGAGUACAACAACCACUUUGUGAAGGCUGUCGCCCACGGCAACCACGUGUACUUCCUGUUCUCACGGCGCCACAGGAAGGAGUACCGGACCUACGCCUCACGACUCUGCAGCGCUGAUCGGAGCUUUUACUCUUACGUGGAGGUGCCGCUGCUCUGCGGGAGGGGGGGGUACAAUCUGGCGCAGGCCGCCAUGUUGGGAGACCUCUCGGGCCCCGCCCUCUUUGUCGUCAUGGCAGCAGGACAGGCCUCCACCCCCGUAGCAACCGGCCGCUCCGCGCUCUGUGUUUAUGGGAUGGCGGCGCUGGACGCCAUGAUGCUCAGAGCACAGGAACUGUGUUAUACUGAGGGGGGGCAGGGAAGCCGGGGGGAGGAGGCCUACAUCGAGUAUGCUGUUUCAUCAAAGUGUCUGAAACUACCCAAGGACUCCCUGUCAGAGUAUCCCUGCGGGGGGGAACACACCCCCAGCCCCAUCGCCAGCUCUGUGCCUCUGCAGACCACACCCACUUUCACUUCCAACACCCAGCUGACCGCCAUCGCCACGGCCAACGAGGCAGGGCGCACCAUCGCCUUCCUAGGGGACAAGGGGGGGCGUCUGCACAAGGUGUUGCUGCGCUCUAACAGGUCCGGUCUCCUGUAUGACAGUGUGUUGGUAGACAGCGGCAGCCCGGUCAGCGCUGACCUCCUAUUGGACGAGAGCCAGCAGCAUGUCUACGUACUGACCAGCAGGAGGCUGUCGAAGGUUCCUGUGUCAACCUGUGAGAGACAGUCAGACUGUGAGACCUGUCUGUCGGUCAGAGACCCCUACUGUGGCUGGUGUGUCCUGGAAGGGAGGUGUUCCCGGCAGCAUCAGUGUCUGCGCCAAACGCAGCCCAACCAUUGGCUGUGGAGCUUUGAACCGACCAAUCAGUGUGUAGCAGUGCAGAACCUGCAGCCGGCGAAACAGAGCAGAGACCAGCAGACGCAGGUAACGCUGUCAGUGCUGAAACUGCCGGCCCUCACAGGGGCGGAGUCUCUCUCCUGCGUCUUCGGGCUCCUCCCACCUCAGCCCGCCAUUGUCACGGGAACCAGCAUCACCUGUCAAUCACCUGCGCCAGAGCUCCUCCCACCCAUGCUGACAGGAAGCGAUCACAUGAUCCUGCCCGUGUCUGUGAUGUUUGGUCAUGUGACCGUCACCACAGGAAACAUGACGUUCUACGACUGUGAGGCGGUGAGCCGGCUCAACCAGAACUCCCAGUGUGUGUCCUGUGUAAGCAGUGUGUGGAGCUGCAGCUGGUGUCCUCUGGGUCAGACUUGCACCAACAACCAGAGCUGCUCCAUGCACACCAUCCAGAGAGCCUCCUCCUGUCCCCUGGUCUUCAGUCUGCAGAGUUCUGCCUUGGUGCCGUUGGGCCUGAACAGCCAGCUGGUUCUGAGAGGAAGGAACCUGGACCUGUUUCCAGAUGAAGCUCAGUAUGUGUGUGUUGUGGAGAUCGAAGGAAUCCAGUUGAACCUGACAGCAGCUGUAGAGAAAACACACGACAACACACACACCUUCACCUGCAGUGCACACAAGUUUCAGUAUGCUGUCAGUCAACUUCAGUAUUCUGCUGCUGUCUACCUGAGGAGAGGAGAGAGACGCAUCGACGCAUCACCUGGCCUCCGGCUCCAGCUGUAUGACUGCUCAGCUGGCCAAUCAGAUUGUUCUCAGUGCCGGGCGGUGCCUCCUGAAUACGGCUGUGUGUGGUGCUCAGGAAGCCCCACCCCAAGCUGUGUUUACAACCAAUCCUGUAGCAGCGUUCCUGCGAACAGCUGCCCGCCUCCUCAGAUCACACAGGUGGUACCUGUCUCCGGUCCUUUGGAGGGAGGGGUCCUGGUGACGAUCACAGGUUCUAAUCUGGGGAUGAAAUACCAGGAUGUUGUGGGCAGAGUCACCGUGGCAGGUGUUCAGUGCCACCCGCUACCUGAGGGCUACCAGAUCUCCACCAGGAUCGUGUGUGAGCUGCAGGCCAGCGGGGGGCCCACGGAGGGGCCGGUCCUGGUUACUGUGGGAAAGUCUCCAGCUGGCAGAUCGUCCCAGACGUUCACCUAUCAGGACCCCCAGCUGCUGGACCUGGUCCCUGACAGGGGGCCAGUUUCUGGAGGAACCAGACUCACCAUCAGGGGCCGGAGGCUGCUGACUGGGCAGAGGGCCGACCUGAGCGCUUACCUGGGCCCCCAGCCCUGCUACAUCAUGGAGCAGGUGUCUCACUCUCAACUGGUGUGUGAGACGGGUCGCAGUAACCGGACCGGUGCCGUCUCUCUGCGGCUGCUUUUCGGUCAGGCUGAGCGGACCGUUGCUAAUGUUAGCUUCCGUUACCUUGACGACCCGGUGAUCACCGACGCCUCGCCGGCGGAGAGUUUCUAUGCGGGCGGGCGCGCCGUCAUAGUGACGGGCAGGAACCUGGGCGUGGUGCAGCAGCCAAUCAUAGCGGUGUGGGUGGAGCCUGUGGAGGGACAGAGGGUGAAGCGGAGGAAACGAUUGGCUCUGCUCAGCGCUAAGCAACAGCUGGUGUUCAACAGCAGCAGGACCACGGUGUCAGAGCCAUGCUCUGUGCUGUCGUCCUCUCAGAUGACCUGUCUCACCCCCAGAGUGACCCCGGAGGUCAAAGUGAAGGGAGUCUGGUUCCAGCUGGACAACGUCAGGGUCCACUUUGAGACCAUCAAGGGGCAGAGCUUCAGGUAUUACCCCGACCCAGAGUUUUUCCCUCUGAACAGAGAAGCUCCUGAUGUCCCGUACCGCUUCAAACCGGGGGGGGUGAUUGCGUGGAGGUGAGGCCAGGACCUGACCCGGGCCAUCUCCAGACAGGAAGUGAGGGCUCAGCUGGGGGAUCAGGAGUGUGAGGUGAAGACACUGGAUAACACACACCUGUACUGUGAGCCGCCAGAGACCCAGCCAGGGGGGGACAGGGGCCUGCCCAGCCUCAAGGUGCUGAUGGGGAACCUGCAGGUGGACCUGGGCUCGGUGCAGUACGACGGCCUGUCUGUCGUCCCAUUGGCUGCUCAGAUCGGUCUGGGGGCGGGAGCAGCCGUCAUCAUCCUAUCAGUGCUUGUCGUCAUCCUGAUGUACAGGAGGAAGAGUAAACAGGCGCUCAGAGAUUAUAAGAAGGUUCUGCUGCAGUUAGAAACUCUGGAGAUCAACGUGGGAGACCAGUGUCGAAAAGAGUUCACCGACCUGAUGACGGAGAUGAUGGACCUCAGCAGUGAUGUGGGGGGGCCGGGCCCCCCCCUGCUGGACUACAGGACGUAUGCAGAGCGAGUUUUCUUCCCCGGCCAGCAGGGGGCGCCGUUCAGUCGGCAGCUGGACGUGCCUGAGCACCGCCGCUUUACCGUGGAGACGGGCCUGCAGAACCUGAGCCUGCUGCUCAACAACCGGCUGUUCCUCACCAGGUUCAUCCACACCCUGGAGGCACAGCAGGGCUUCUCCCAGAGGGACCGGGGCUACGUGGCCAGCCUGCUCACCAUGGCUCUGCACGACAAGCUGGAGUAUUUCACCGAGGUGAUGAAGAGCCUGCUGCAGGACCUGGUGCAGCAGUACGUGGCCAAGAACCCCAAACUCAUGCUGCGCCGGACGGAGACGGUUGUGGAGAAGAUGUUGACCAACUGGAUGUCUAUCUGCCUCUACUCCUUCCUCAAGGAGGUGGGGGGGGAGCCUCUCUACAUGUUGUACAGAGCCAUAAAGUACCAGGUGGAUAAAGGUCCGGUGGACUCAGUGACGGGGAAAGCUAAACGCACUCUGAACGACAGCCACCUGCUGAGGGAGGACAUCGAGUACUGCGCCCUGACUCUGACGGUGCUGGUGAAGAACGGCCUGGAGGUUCAGCCGAGUCCCGUUAGAGUGUUAGACACAGACACCAUCACACAGGUGAAGGAUAAGAUCCUGGAUCAGGUCUACAGAGGAGCUCCAUUCUCUCAGAGACCGUCAGCAGACAGUCUGGACCUGGAGUGGCGUUCGGGGCAGGCGGGUCACCUGACUCUGUCAGAUGAUGAUGUCACCGCGGUGGUUCAGGGCCGCUGGAAACGAGUGAACACUCUGCAGCACUACAAGGUUCCUGACGGAGCCACCGUGGCUCUGAUCCCUCGC